CAACCACUUUCGAUUCUGCAUCAAAUAACAAAAUAUAUAAACAAAGCUUGAUUAACAUUAUGCAAACGAUGCGACGUAAUUACGGCACACGACCGAAUGCCGCCGCACACCACUAACCUAAUUAACCCAGGCAGCCGGUCAUUCGCUAAUUAUAUAGUACCGAAAAACUUUACACGGCUGCCGCGCAAAACCAGACCAUGGGCAGUUUCACUGGUGCACUGCUGUAUCUUUCAUUGCUUGCUUUUUUUGCUGCUCUCCACACCGUGUCCAGUUACGGCAUCGGCAACAACUGGCCCACGCCAGCGCCGCCACCGGUGACCCCGCCACCCGCGGUCAUUCCCACGGUUACGCCGCCGCCCCUCUUCCCUGAUUUCACAUUUUACCCUACACCGGCGCCACCGGCCACACCGCCGUACAUCCCCAUUGUCGUCAAUACACCGACCUAUGCCCCGGUAACCACAUUUCCCACGUUCCCCACCUUCCCGACCUUUCCAACGUUCGGUACAUUCCCGACCUUUGCCACAUUUCCCACCUUCCCAACUUUUCCCACGUUUCCGACCUUCCCAACGUUUGCGACUAAUCCACCGGGUCCGAUCACACCCCAUGUGACGCCGGCGCCGAUUGUGACACCCAUCACCCAGUUUCCGACGCCCCCGGGCAACCCUUGUAUCAAUAUUGUGCCAGGCACGCUGACGACGCCGCCGACAAACCCCUACAGACCGGGUGCGUACUAUAAUCCCAUUCCAGCGGUGACGGUGGCGCCGGCGCCGCCCAGCCGGCCAUCCGUUUUCUUCCCCACACCGCCAUCAUUUCCUCUACCAUCCCCGCCAGGAUUACCCCCGCAACCCGUGACCUGUCCUCCGUCCACGGAUACGCCGCCUUAUUAUCCGGGUUCAUAUGGAGGAUCUGGUUACGGGAUAUACAACUACCAUGGAUCAUACGGAGUGUCGGUGUCUGUCAGCGGCGGAUCACCACCCUCGCAAAUCGACCAGAUAACGCUGCUGUCGCAGUACAUGACGGACUUCCUGAUGACACUGACCAAAGAGCAAUUAAUUGCGUUUUUCCGUGUGUUCUACAUGUCGCAGGCACUGGGAGCACAGUUACUGGAUCCCCGCACAGCCUUACCGCGCUCCAUACAGCAGCCGGAUCGGCAGGCUAUAGAAACCGCCAGGAAUAUUCCACUGUCCUUGCCGCAGUUACAAGCACUGGAGUUCACGGAAUUAGGGAGAAUUAUGAAACGCUAUGCGGCACAGAUCAAUACCGCGCCCAAAAAAGAACGAGGAAGUCUCAUAAAAGAGUACCAUCGCGUUGUUAAUGAACUAAGGCUACCGAAAGGUAUCAAAUAUGCCCUUAAACAGGCUGUUUUAUAGCCUGUAAGGAACCUUUCGGCAGAAAUUGUUUUUUGUCGAAAAUCAAAGUUUUGUGCAAUUUGGUUUAUACUUUAUACAGAAAUAUUCAUAAAACGGAAUAAAUCUGAUUUUCUGUGGACGAAAAUGCAAGAA